AUGUCUAGUGCCAUCAUAGGUAGGAAAGUUGAUAAGGAAGUUCUGUUCAAUAUUGAUGGGUAACCAAUAAAUGAUAAUGUCAAAGUUUUGAAGUUUGCAGCCACUCCUCAACCAUAAUUAGUUAAAUAGUCAAAAGAGCCUGCUAAGAAAGAAUAAGAAAAAGGUAAACAAAAAAAAGUGAACAAUAAUUCAUCUUAGAAAACAAUACCUAAAAAGUCAACUUAAAUUCCAAAUUCAAAAAAACAAUCAGAAUCAAAAAAAUAAUAACCAACUACAUAAUCUCAUACGGUAUUUCAGAACAUUACAAAUCAUCAAAAAUCAGCUAAAUUAUCAUCUCCUGAAUCCCAAAGAUCACCAUAACACUCUCCUAAAUCUAAAUCACCAAUUCGAAGUCAUAAUGCCCCAUACAGAGAACCUAGAUAAUUUAAACCUUUAAGUGAAUAAUUCCCAAAUUUGGUUGGAGCCUUAUUUGAAUAGAAGAAAUUUACAGAGGAUGUCGAUGAUGACUCUUAGACAAGUGGAACUGAAUCGUAUAUCUCAGAUAGAGAAUAAGGAGAUGAUGAAAUUAGAUAAGCACCUUAACCAGAAUCAAAUCCUUAAGUAUAUCGAAAUGUGAGUAAAAUCGUUGCUGAAAAUAACAAAAAAUAUGUUUAUUCAAAAAAGGAAGAAGCAGAAAGACAGGAGAGAAUGAGACAAGAAAAAUUGUAAUAAAGAGAAAGAAUGAAAAAAUAUGGCAAAUAAUAAAUUGUUAGAGCCCACACUUAAAGAGAGAAUUUUGAAUAAAAAUUUGCCUGGGGGGUCAAUUAAAAAAAAUUAUAAGAGGAAAAAAUGAAGUUUUCAAAAUUAUAGGAAGAAAAGGAAUAUGAACGACAGUUAAAAAUUGAAUAAUAGGAAGAAGAAUAGAAACCUAAUUAAGUCAAUUUAGCUAAGUUAUUCCCUGAAAGCUAAGAGAGAGAGUCUCGUUAUAAAAAAAUGUGGGUAGAAGAAGCCAAAAAGGCUGUUGAUAAAAAACAAUUUUCAUUAUCUUAAAGGGAAAAAACUAAAUCUCCAGUCAGAUGUAAAUCCUAACACUCCUCUAAGUUGAAUUAAGACUUUUUUGAAUAAAAUGCUAAAAACAUUAUUGAUGAAAUGUAAUAGCAAAAGAAAUAAAAGCAAAAGGAGACAAUAAUAAAAAAGCAUAAGAUUGAUUAUAUUAAUAGACAAGUUAAAGCAAUCUUUUCAUCAAUGAAAAAGCGUAAGUGGACUCCAAAUAAAGAAUUUGACAACAAAGUAGGACCAUCAGUCAGUUUAAGUAGAAUUAAACAACCUAGAGAGGAUUUUGGAGUUAAAGAGAUGUUUGAAGAAGCUGAAAAUGAAGCAGAAGAUCUUCAUGAAUAAGGAACGAUUUAACAUUAUUAACAAAAAGUGAAAAAUGGGAAAGUUCUGACAUCAAGAGAAGUUAGAGAAUUCAAAGAAGAUUAGGAAAAGAAGUAAAAAAAGGUUGAAAAAUUUAAAACUGAUCUUAAAGAUAGAAAAAAUAUUACUUUAAAGAACCCAGAACCUCUUACAGAAAAGGAACUCAAAUUAAAAAGAGAAAUGGCUUAACAAAUUGAUAUUAAAGGAGAAGUGGAAAAAUAAAUAAAGAAAUCAUAAACUAAAGAGCCAAGAAAUCCUUAAAAAGUACAAAAAACAACCAUCUAAGAGCCUGAUUUAGGGGAGUUCAUAUUUGCAGAGGCAGAAUUACCUUAAUACAAAGGAGAUUAUGAAGAGGAAUAAAAAAUGGGUUUUAGAGAAUAGGUUGAAAUGGAAAUAAAAGAAUAAAUUUUAAUGUAGAAAAAGAAAAGACCAGCUGUAAGAGAGGUUUAAUAAGAGAAACCUAGAUAAGAAUAUGCUCGCAAACCUUAAGAGAGGGAGAAAGGUCCAAAAUAUAGGAAGGAGCAAAAGUUUGUUAGUCAACCUAGAUAUCCUGUGUUUCAUGAUUUGGGUGAAGUCCAAUUAUUAGAGGAUGAUAUGUAUAAUGCAUAACAUUCUAAAUGGACUCCUUAUGCUGGGAAAUUAAUUGACAACAGCAGUGAUGAAGAAGAUGAUAAAGAUUUCCUCGAGAAAACAACAAUUUAAUUGAGAUCAAAUCUUAAAAAGGGGAAGGAAAAUGUAGGAUCUUAAAAAACUUAUUCCAAGUCUGUAUAGGGAAAGAAAAAUGUUUAUUUCAGAGAGCCAGAAACUGAAAAAAAGGAUAUUGGAAAUCAAUACUUAACAGAAUAAAAAGAAUAAUUAAUGAGAAUAGUUUAAAAUUAAAAGGCCAGAGGACAAAUGACUAGUGAUGAUGAUUCAGAUACUGACUUUUGCAAAGCUUACUCGUCAUAGAUAUGGUUAGCAACAGACCCUAUGAAGCGUGAUGUUUUCAUUAUGACAUCUAAGGAAUUAAUGGAUCUACCUCAUAUUCAAUUAUGA